AUGGUUCUACCUGACGAAACUCUUGUUGACACAUAUUUUAAAGAUGAUGGUGUUGCGGCGUCAGAUAUAAGUAUCGAGCAAUUUUUAUAUGGUUCAGUUGAUAAAGAGGGGAAUCCUUCUCCUCCUAAAUUCGUGUCACUAAGCGAGGUAGAACUUGGAUCACAAUCUAAACGAGUUAAUCGGUUUCACUGUCAACAUCCUGGAUGCUCUAAAACUUUCAGAGACAAUUUUCAGUUAGAAACCCAUGUAAGGACGCACACGGGUGAAAAACCAUUUGCUUGUGAUUAUCAAACGUGCAACAAAAGAUUUGCUCAGAAAGCCAAUUUAACGACACAUCAGAAAACUCAUUUCGGCGUAAAACCUUUUGUCUGUGAAAUUUGUAAACAAAAAUUCACGCAACUAAGCCAAGUUAAUGCACAUAUGAAAGUACAUACCGGUGAAAAGAAUUAUGAGUGUGAAAUUUGCAACAAAAAAUUCUCAGAGAAAGGGCAGUUAAAAGCACAUAAAGAUACUAAAAAACACAAGGAGUGCGAAUUUGAAUUCCAACAAUACAAUUAA